GCUUCACACUAUAAGAAUCUGGGAAGUUGACUCGACAGCACUUCAGGAAUGUGGACGGAGACGGUUCUGGACUUUUACUGCUUUUAACCCGAACUCUGACGGCCCGCCGGUACCGACCCGAACCGAGCCGCAGCUGGAGGACAUGCGGCGGCCGGAUGGAGGCUCCGUCGGUCAGCCUGCGAGGGUCUCCUCCUCCCGGGUCGCAUCCUUCUGACACUGAGGGUCUGUUCUUCAGCUCCUCUUUGAGUUGGGAGGUGCUGUGACUCCCUGGACCAGCAGCCUGGAUCCCCUCCAGAUGAAACAUUACCCUGAGAGAGGAGACACCAUGACCAGUCCGCCCUGUGAGCAGCAGAAGAGGGGCAGCUUCUUCCAGCUGAUCGACUCGAUUGCCUGGGAGAUCGGCACGCUGAAGCAGGAGAUGAGGAGGAAGAGUGAGCCGGCAGAAGAAGGUCAGGAAAAGGACCCACAUGUAAGGCUGAGUGAAGAGGUGGGACGUCUGUUUCUUCAAGCCUCACCCUGUUCCACGAUGGGAGGCGGACCACCCAAAGCCCGGGACUCUGGCUACGACUCGCUCCACCGGGGGCUCAGUUUCCUGGACAGACUGACGCACACUCAUUCCGUGUGGCUGCAGCUGGGCCUGAGCCACCGCGACGCUGCAGGAAUCCUGCAGGACCGAGCGGCUGGGUCGUUCCUGGUAAGGAGGUCCAGCCGCCUGCAGAGGAAAGUGGUUUCUGUACGCAUGGACCGAGACUCCACAGAGCCCAUCAAGGACUUCCCCAUCAGAGAGAACCAGUACACUUUCUCUCUGGAGGGAUCAGACCUGAACUUUGCAGACCUUUUCCGUCUCCUGGCUUUCUGCUGCAUCAGCAGGGACGUCCUGCCCUUCACGCUCAGGCUUCCAGAGGCCAUCUCUGCUGCCAGGAGUUUUGGGGAUCUGGAGAAGGUCGCUAAACUGGGAGCAGGUUUCUGGGAGAGAAGGGCCACAUCAGCAGGUCCUGGUAGACCCUCCCCACCUGCUCAGAGACCUCUCUCCUGCCCAUUGUCCCCUUCCGGUCCUCGUCUUCCACUCCGAAGCCCCUCCCAGCUGGACUGUUGGCUGCCUAGCGGAGCGCUGUGCUUCACCAACCCCCUCUUCAUCAAGCCGGAUGGCGGCGGCCAGAUCAGCUCCAGCAAAGGCCCACACCAACCUCUGGUAGAUGAAGCCAAUGAAGUGAGUCCCUCCAGUGGGGGGGGGGAGGACUCCGACCAUCUGACCUGUGACCCCAGCCGUACGGGAAGAGCUGAGAGCAACCAGCAGUUGACCAACUUUUGCUCCCUUCCUCCCGUUCGACCCCCUCCCCCUCGUUUUACCAAACCCCUGCCUGCGCCUCCUGGUGGACAGAACGUAAUGCCAGAAAAAGUUUCCUGGAUAAACCUUUCCAAGGAGGAGGCGAAGGAGAAGAGCAGCCGCCUCAGCUCCUCGCUGAGCAGCAGCCCGCCACCCUUGCCGCCUAAGAAGUUCAGCAUCAGCUCCCCCAUAUCGAUUCCCCGACGAUCCCUCCCCCUGCCCUCCUUCUCCUCCUCUCCCCAUCCAACCAAAGCCUUACCAUCUGACAUCCGCUGCCACCUGACUCUGGAGGAACAAACCAUUAAGAAGUCGGUUCAUUCUAUGACCCAGAACUCUCAUAGUCCAUUAGAACCCCCCAUGACAUCAGGGGGUGGGGUGGCAGAGGGACCACCUGGACAACAAACAUCUCAGAGGGAAUGUCGAAGUGGGGGCCAACGCUUGAGUGACAUUAGCCUCUCAACCGACUCCUCAGACUCCUUGGAUUCCUCCCAGUCCUCCACCUUCUUCCUCCCUCCCCUGCAUGACCCCAGCCCCCCCACCAUCGCUGACUUUAACACCCAUCUCCCCCUCUCCCUCCCACCGACCCAUCUACGCUACAGUAGCAUAGAUAUAGACGAAUACGUCGAUGACGACGAUGAUGAAGAAGAGUCCGACUUCAGCGUUAGCCUGGAGAGCGAUCAGGACUUGAGCAUGCUGCCCCCUGGGGGCCAGGCCAAGCGGCGCUCCAACUCUAGUGCCUCUGUCCUGCAGAAAGCCCUGCAGGUGAAACUCCGUAAGAUGAGCAGCGUCUUUAACUCACUGCUGACGCCGGAGAAGAGGGCGAUCCGCAAGGUUUUAGAGAUGUCCAAGGAUAAGAGCUCGUACUUCGGCUCCCUGGUGCAAGACUAUCUGAGCUACAUGAGGGAAGGUGCCGGAGCCCAGGCCUGGCAAGGCUACGCCUCAGGGCUGGAGCUGCUUCAGACAGUUCGCCAGUUCAUUACCCAGAUGAAGAACUACCUGCAGCAGAGCUCCGAGAUGGAGCCCCCCAUCGAGAGCCUCAUUCCCGAGGAUCAGAUUGACCGCGUCCUGGAGAAGGCCCUGAUAAAGUGCGUCCUGAAGCCCCUAAAGCCAACCCUCAGUGCCGCGCUAAAAGACUUCCAGGUGAGCAGCGGCAGCUGGCAGGAGCUGAAAGACAACCUGUCUUUGGCCAAAGCCCGGCGGCCGCAGGAAAUGGGCGUGACCGACGCCCUUCCCCCCGACCCCGUAGCCGUUGAGAAGAUCAGGCAGAAGUUCCAGGUCAUGUGUAAGCUGUACUCCCCAGAGAAGAAGGUCUGCACCCUGCUCCGAGUCUGCAAGCUCAUUUACACCAUCAUGGAGGACAACUCGGGUCGCUUGUAUGGCGCUGAUGACUUCCUCCCCAUGCUGACCUACGUGUUGGCUCAGUGUGACAUGCCUGAGCUGGACAAUGAGAUCCUGUAUAUGAUGGAGCUGCUGGACCCUUUGCUGCUGCACGGAGAAGGAGGCUACUAUCUGACCAGUGCCUACGGAGCCAUGUCCCUCAUCAAGAACCUCCAAGAGGACCAGGCGGCCCGGGUGCUGAGCUCUGAGACCAGAGACACGCUGCACCAGUGGCACCGCCGCCGCACCACACAGCGUUCAGCGCCCUCUAUUGACGACUUCCAGAACUACCUGCGGGUGGCGCUGCACGAGUCGGGCAGCGGCUGCACGGCCAAGACCCUGCAGGUGCGACCGUACGCCACUGUGGAGGAGCUGUGCCAGCUCUGCGCCGUGAAGUUCAAGGUGUCGGACCCUGAGAACUACGGCCUGUUCCUGCAGACGGAGGGCAGCAGCCAGCAGCUGGCCGCAGACACCCACCCUCAAAAGAUCAAAGCCGAGCUUCACAGCUGCCCGCAGCCCGUCCCCUUCCACUUCGUCUACCGCCGUCUGGCCACCAGCAGCUCGCCGUCAGCGGGACUCUCCAGCGCCGCUCCUGAUCCUCGGGCCCACCCAAACCAGCAGAACACGGACGCUCCAGCUGCAGCCUCGGCUCCGUAGGAUUCCAGAGGGACGGCCAACCCCACAUAGACCAUCGCCCAGCAGCUUUCAGUGAGCGACUGGAAUGUUAACCAAUCAGAUCCACUGUCAAUCAUCCCAUUGAACUGUCAUAUAUUGUCCUGUGAACACACGCACAUCUGGCUGGGAGUUUGAACAACAAAUAAAUAUGAUUCCAACCGUUAACUCUGCACAUUCCAGCCGCUUCGGAUGUUAUCAUCCCAAUAAAUGGCCGUUAUUAGUGGUUAUCAGUCACGUAGGUUGUUAUCACCAAAUGAAUCCUAAAGUAAUUCUCUUUUUACCUGCAGAAUUCAUUGAUCUGAACAUAAUUUUAGAAGUUCUUCAUUUAAAUAAAAAAAGUAAAGAAAAAUCUCAUAUCCUGUAAAGUGAGUUGUUUUUAAACCCCACAUUAAACUGAAAUGUGAAAUUCACAGUAAAGUUUUUUUAAAGAAGGUCGUCUAUAAAUAAAGUAGAUUAAAGUAUAAAGAAAGUCGGUAAGUAGAAAGUGAAACUUAAGGUUUUAGACGGGACCAAAGCGGCUGUCAUCAACGAUGAUAAUCACUAAUAACAGCCAUUUAAUGGUUGAUCACAUCCGUGAAAGUUUACAACAGAUUACCUUUAAAAUAAAGGAACUUAUUAACAGAAAUCAUUGGACUGUGAGUCAGAGAUCUUUCUAUAGGUUCCCUUUGCAACAUUCAGCACCUUUUAGAGCCUCUUUAGAAGAACUCAUACAAUCCUGCUGACUCUGAAACUGCCUACUUUCUCUGAUCCUACCUCACUGUCUGUGUCAGCCUGGUGCUGAGACUCAGACCGCCGCUUUUUAUGUGUUGGACCUCAGAGAGAUCUUCAUUCUUUUCUUCAGCCUUCUCUCUCCCUAUCUUAAUGUUUGACAUGUUUUGCAGCAGUUACUCCAUGCAGGCUCAUCAGAUGUGUAACCUGCCACUGAUAAACUCUUUAUGCUGAUGCAACAGCUGACAAAGAACAUCUGUAAUCUGUUUGAUCAAUUUCAGACACGUAUGUCCUGAAUAAUUGUUACAUCUCAUGACCACCAGGGGUCGCCAUGAUGUUAUGCAAUGAAAUGUUAGUAACUUUUUGUUAUUUAAUAAAAUAACUUUCGGACUGUCA